GAAAGUUUUGUUUUUUGGAAUUAUUGGAGUGCCAUUUAAAGUUCCUCCACUACGUUUUUGAUCACUAAUUUGCAGAGGCCCCUACAUUAAUCCGCCAUGGAUAUACAGCCGAAGCUUCACAUAGCGAUGUUUCCAUGGCUGGCAUACGGCCACACCGCGCCGUUUCUCGAGUUAUCCAAGUUCUUAGCUCAAAUGGGUCAUCGUGUAUCUUACAUUUCCACACCCAAAAACAUCACUCGCCUCCUAAAAUUCCCUUCAGAAUCAUCGCCUAAUCUAUUCUUCGUAGAACUCCCCCUGCCUCACGUUCAGGGGCUGCCGCCGGGAAUCGAGUCCACCGCCGAUUUACCCAUUCAGAAAGUUCCUUACCUCAAGAAAGCAUAUGACAAGCUGCAGGGCCCUUUGGCUGAGUUCCUGAAAACUUCAAGUGUGGAUUGGAUAAUCCAUGAUUUCAUUCCAUAUUGGAUACCACCACUGGCGGCCCAGCUCAGUAUCAAUUCAACUUGCUUCAUCAUAGUCGGCGCCUCCUCUGUGGCUUUCUUCGGCCCCCCGGAUAAGUUGAUUGCUGGUGAACGGCAGAGGCCAGAGGACUUUACAGUUGUUCCGGAAUGGAUCGAUUAUCCUUCUAAUGUAGCUUUUAAGCAACACGAGAUGGCGAAUCACCAGAAGUGUGAGGACCGGGACAACCCCGACUUUUUCCGGUGGGGAUCGGCGAUUCAAGGUUGUCAAGUUGUGACUCUGAGAAGCUGCCCCGAGUUAGAACCGGAGCCAUUGAAUUUACUCAGCAAGAUUUUACAGAAACCGGUUGUUCCAGUUGGGUUACUACCGCCGCCAGUGCCAUCACCGGAUGGAGUGGAUGACGGAGACGAGACAUGGGUGGCACUGAAAAAAUGGAUGGAUGGUAAAAAAUUGAAGUCAGUUUUCUUUGUCGCACUUGGUACCGAGGUGACACUGAGUUCGGAGCUGUCGCGCGAGUUAGCCUCCGGGAUAGAGAAAUCUGGAUUGCCCUUCUUAUGGGUGGUGAAGAAUCACCCGUUCAUAGAAGGGGAGAUGAGUCAAGACAUUCUUCUGCCGGGUUUCGAAGAACGAGUCUCUGAUCGAGGCUUAGUGUUUCGAGGUUGGGCACCUCAAAUGAAAAUCCUGGCGCAUCCCUCCAUCGGAGGUUUCUUGACUCACUGUGGAUGGAGUUCGACAAUUGAAGCAUUGAGUUUGGGUCUGCCGUUGAUUUUGUUUUCUGGUGCGAGUGCGGACAUGGGUUUGAUAGCAAGACUGUUGCAUGAGAAGAGGGUGGGGUUAGAAAUAGAAAGGAAUGAGGUAGACGGAUCAUUUACAAGUGACACAGUGGCCAAGGUGAUUAGGGUGGUGAUGGUGGAGAAAGAGGGUGAGCCAAUCAGGGCCAAUGCUUGGGCUAUGAAGGAGAUUUGCGGCAAUAUAGAGUUGGGGAAGAAGCACUUGACCCAGUUCAGUCGGUACCUUGAAAACUACAAAUCUAUAACCCAAUCGAACAAGUGGUCAUGAUGCUCCUUCGCGACCCCCCCAUGCUAUAUAGAACUCCACUAUCUGUCCGUGCCUGGAUGUAUUUGCCCUCGCAGCUCAAAAACUACGCCUAUGUAAGCAAUGUUGUGGCCUUAAUUCAAACCAUGGCAUUCCUCCUCGCUUGAUUUCCCUUGUGCAAAAAUAAUAAUUAUUAUUAUUA